GCCGCUGCUCUGUGCUGCACGGCCUUGUGCGUGGCUGCGCAGCCCCAGCAGGAGCGCUCGGGGAAACACGGCAGACCUGCGGCGCUCCAGUGGGGUGGUGUGCUGUCCAGCAGGUAUGCGGUGCUGUCAGCGGGAGUGCAAGUAAGCCCCGCCGGGAGUGGCGCAGUGAAGGCCGUGGAGGCGUCUUUGAGAUCUGAGGAAGUGAAGGCUGUGGUGACUGCUGCAAGUAAUGCCGUGGGGGCGGGGAGUGUGGCUUUGGAGGCAGCACUCAAAGCAAAGGAGAAGGCUGGUGAAGCCAAGGAGUCGGCGCUGGAAGCUGUUACUGCUGCGACGGCUGCCCAUAAGGCAACGAGUCAUGCCUAUGAAACAUUGAACAAUCUGAAGACAGAAAUGGAGUCUGCUGGGAACCAGGAAACUCCGUUAAUCCCAUAUCCUGAAUUGAACAAUAAAAUUACAGAUGCGGCUAAGAAAGCCAAGGAUGCAGUGGGCAAGACCAAAGGUGCGCAUGAAAAGUGUAUCUAUGCCGCCGGAGUUUCUUUGGAAGCAGCAAAUACAGCGAAGGGGGGAGCGGUGUUCGUUGAGUUGGCGCUGCAGAAAAUAAAGGAGCUAGCAGAAACCUUUCCAGACGCAAAGAAAAAUGUUUCGGAAGCGGGUAAAAGUGCAGCAUUGGCCAUUGAUGAAGCGAAAAAGGCUUCUCAACAUGCUUCGGCCGCACACGAAAACGCCAAUAAAGCAAUGGAAGUCGCUCUCAAGGCGUCGAGUAGUGCUUUUUCAUCAAGUGAUCAUGCAGCAGAUGCAACAAAGCUUCCAGUUACAGACAAAAAAAUAAUUUUAAGUUCUCAACAAGAGGUCACGAAGGCAUUGCCGGAUGCCAAAGUGGCAGCGGAAAGCGCUCAGCAGGCGUUGCAGAAGGCUACGAAUGCUCUGAAAGAAGCUACGACAGCUUCUGAGCACGCUGUUACGGCAGCGACGAACGCUGGCACAGUACAUAAAAUCGCUGAAGCCAUUGAAGAGGCUGUUCGGCAGAGAAAGGGGGACGCAAAUAAGCCAGCUGUUCAUCUUCCACUCCCUGGUGUUGAGCCGGAUUCGACACUGCAUCCCAGCGGGGAGGCGGGAUCUCAGCUGGACCCUUCUCAAGCUGCUGAUGUGCGCAAUAAUGAUGUAGUUGCACGAAACGCCGACAAGCACACUGCCGCUGCUGCGCCUCUCGCAGGCAAAAAUGGUGGAGAGCCGAAGGUUGAAACGGGGAGCCCCAUCGCAUCUCCUCUUAAGCAAUCCGAGGAUCAUC